UGUGAUCAGGCCAUAUACUGCACGCUAGUUGAUCAGCCUAGUCUCGCUUAUAAUACAAUAGGCCUGGCUAGCCGCUACACACUCCAGCACGGUCUGAACCUCGAAGCCUCAUGUGCAGGAUUAAACGUAUGGGACUCGUUUGAGCGCAUACGGGUGUUCUGGAAUAUCCUUAUCGUCGAUCGCCGCAUAUCCCUAUCGUGCAAUCGCCCCUAUAUAUUACGAGAUCUUGAUAUCAGUGUGGCGCGGCCCAGUCACUUGUAUCGCAGUGUAAGGUUGCUUCCCUCUUCAAUUACUCAUCUAAGACGUCGGGUAGGACAUUGCUCCGCUCAUACAGGCUUCAGACUCUCGAGAUGCUGACGAACUUGACGAGUACUUGGACUCCAUGGUUCAUUGGUCGCAUUUCGCUGGAUCUCUGUGGGAUAACGUCCUCGCAGCUCACGUCCAUUUAGAUAACAUUCCUGACAAGGUGCUCUCUUUCGAAGCCGCUAUCGACGAGUUUGUUACCAACACGUUUAUUGGCAUUGGCGAGCAUUGGUCUGCAUACCCUUGUCGACGCUCUCAGUACGUGCGAAUGUGCUUCAAUAACCUCAGACUGAUGGCUCGGCGUGCGACCGGCUCUUCGCUGCAGCUUGAAGGGCGUAUUAGUGCUCAGCUCCAGGUUGCAGUCACAUCAAUCGCACAUGCACGAUGUCAGGGGUGGGACACGAACGAUGCUUACCUACUCCGACAUCGGAUGGUCACUACGCUGGCCGCUAGUCUUCACUUGCUGUGUAGUGCGCUUGUGGGCAAUCAACAGCCUGUGGCUGUUGUUUCCUCCAUCUCGAUGUCGCUGUGCAAAGCAGAGUUCGAUGCUGCGGUCGACCUUCUCCUUGCUCUGGCGCAAGGUGUGACCUUAGCACAGCGAGUGCUUCGCGAUUUUGAUCGGAUUUUUCCAGUCAUACGGGGCGCACUUACGAGAUGGUCUGAGGAAUCCUCCUCGUUUGAAUCCAGAGCAGACUGGACUAUCACCAAUGAUGUCAUCCCUCCGAACGCCGCGGAAUUUCUUCCAUAUAAAGAGCAAAUUCCUAACAUUUGUUAUCUCACAAUUAGGAAGGGGAUGUGGGCUACCAAUGGCAGCUACCUUGAGACUGAUUGUGGUUUAUCCGACUGGAAUACGGAUCUCGAGCCUGGCGGCGCAAGAAGCAGUGUGCUUUGGGUAUAAUCUCUUUGAUGUUGAGAGCGCAGAAGUCGGGCAUUG